UCGCUGUCCUCACUCAGCACAGUGCGGAGGGUGACUCCCCAAGCCCCUUCCCCGAAGGGGGCACUCCUUUCUGCUCCUCGCCCAUGGCGCGUGUGAUCUGCGUGUGUGUGUGUGUGUGUGUGUGUGUGUGUGUGUGUGUGAGAGUGUGCAUCUUAUGGAGGAGACCUGGCCCGAUAUAUGAAGUGUUAUCUCCUGCUUCCAGCUCUAUUAUCGAUUCCAGAAUUGUUUUUUCUCCGUGACGUGAAACACAGCCCCUUAAAUCAGAGUGAAGCGAAGGUGCUGGCUCUCCCCCGUCCCCAUCUCCUUAGCGGCCCGAACCCGAAGCUUUCCCGACGGCUCCGGGUGUGCCUCUCCUUCCCCGCAGGACCCGGCCGCGGUGCCCUCUGUGGCCUCUCGCUCUCCUCCCCUCGCCCCACUUUUGCACCGCGCGGGCGACGGUUUGGGGGAGGGGGCUGGGCAGGGGGCGUGGAAGGCCCGGCGGGGAGGGGCGCCGAGCGCUGUCACCGCGUGUCACGCUGCCCUCCCCGCCCUCCUCCUGGUGUGGAGCGCGCGGCGAGGCCGGCGAGUGGGGACGCGGGCGGCCUGGCUUCUCCGCGAGCCGCGCCGCACCGGAGCGGGAGCGCAGCCCGAGCCGGAGCCGGAGCCGAGCCGGAGCCGCGCGGUCACCAGCCCCGUGCGCUCGCGGAGCGCCGCGCCAUGGAGCCCUCGCACAAGGACGCCGAGACGGCGGCGGCCGCCGACCCCCGGGGGACGGCCUCGUCCAGCGGGGUGGUGGUGCAGGUCCGCGAGAAGAAGGGCCCCCUGCGCGCCGCCAUCCCCUACAUGCCCUUCCCCGUGGCCGUCAUCUGCCUCUUCCUCAACACCUUCGUGCCGGGACUGGCUUCCCGGGGACCCAGCGGGGCGCCGAGGGCCCAGGCCGAGGUCACUGGUCAGGGUGCCGUGGGACUCCACUGCCCUGGCGGAGGUGAGGGUGAGAAAGCGGAGAGCCCGCGCCGCCCCUCUCGGGCACACUGGUGUCUGUUGGCCGGCGGCGCCGGUGCAUCCAAUUUUAAGGAGCCCCAUCACAGACCCAGCGAAGGGGACCUUUGUCUCAGCCUUCACUGUGCUGUGUGGAGCCCGCACGGACCUCCCCGACAGGCAUGUGUGCUGUGUCUUCUGGCUGAACAUCGCGGCGGCCCUCAUCCAGAUCCUCACGGCCAUCGUCAUGGUGGGCUGGAUCAUGAGCAUCUUCUGGGGCAUGGACAUGGUCAUCCUCGCCAUUUCCCAAGGGUACAAGGAACAGGGCAUCCCCCAGCAGCUGUGAGCCCAUGGGACCUGCCAGGGAGCCCAGAGCAGCCCUGAGGGGGCUUCACCAGGCGCUCUGGACCCAAGGACCUUUCUAUGCUCUUCUGCUGUGUCCUGGAUUUGGGGUGGAAAGGGGGUAUUUUAAACAAUAUGUUAUUUAUUUCAAAAAUGCAUCUGCUUUGCCCAGCAGGCUCUGAGGGCUGCUGGCUCUCCAUCCUGCUUGGGAAAGCUGUGUAGGCACCUGGAGCAUCAGGGAGCAGGGAGGAGAUGGGCACGCAGGUGCAGAGACAGGCUGGGGCGCUCAGCGGGCUCGUUCUCACCUGGCAGAGCCCACUGCCUGCUGCCGGGCCCUCAGUAGCACCGAGCAGGGCCUUUGUGGGCCCUGCCAGGAUGACUGCGUGCACUUCCUUUUGCCUCCUUGCCUCACUGAUGUCCUUCACAUUCACUCUGGCCUCCCGGGGCAGUGGCAGGGUGGGAGUGAAGAUGGCCAGAUGCCUGCCCGCUGAGGACAGGGCCUGUGCUCCCGGCUGGCCCAGGGCUGUGUCUGGCUGCGUCCCAGCCUACUUGCUGCUGAGAGCUGGGGCUGCAUGGGUCUGAGCUUGGUUUCCCUGGGCAAGAGGGCCGUGACUCCAUCCCUCAGGCACAAUGGCCAGAGUUGCCAGAUGCUCAGGCCCAGACACGCCAGACUGAGGCACGGGGCAGGGUGGGCAGCCUUCUUCAGAGGACUCAGUAUCACACCUGGCCCUUAUGGCUUUUUCUGAAAACCUUGGAGCCACACAAGUCUCUGAAUGCAGAACUUCUGGAUCUGAGAAAGAUGAUGUGAUCCAUUUCCCUUGCGUUUCCGGGCAGCCUCCUAACAGUUGGGCCACCCUGAGCACCAGCAAAUGUGCGAACACUUCUGUGGAGAGACACAUGAUGAGUCCAAUGCGCCAAGAUCCGUGAGAACUGCAAAUAACCUCACUUGUUCAGGUCAGGUCUCCCCACUAAGUCAGUCACGGGCAGAAAGUGACUGUUGUGUGGCUCAUGGGGUUCCAGAGAGUGAAGCAAUGCUGUGAGGUUGUGGGCCUCGAUCUGAAAACCCUACCAUCAAGCAGGAGCUCUGGAGGACAGACUGCCAGCAAAGCACAGGGUCCUCGGGUGACCAGGGACCGUGCCCUUACACAGCUUCUCUGUAAGUGGCGGAGGCAGAAACUGACAGGUGUGCAGGUUACUGUGUCAGGCACCAGUCUGCAGGGGCAAGAAGGGAGAUCCCCCAGACAGUGCCUGGACGGCUACUUUCAUCUCUCUUCUUUCCACUGGUAUAAUGCAGAAGGCACCAGUUGGGUGUGACCCCCCUCAGGAGGUGCUUCUUGCCUGUCAAGCCUCGGUCAGGAAAGCCACUUGGCCAUCUUCUCUGCUGCUAGAGUCCGGAAAGGGAGAAGCAGGACCACCUCACCAGGGGUCCAGCCCACCUAUGCCGCACUGGGCUCAGCAACCAAAGUCCUGCCGGGGAGCAGCAACUGGGCAGCUUUCUGACUCCCCAGGACCCCUUCCAGACCCUGGCUCCCUUGGGCCCUGACCGAGCCUCCUGCCCAAGCCUCCUGCCCACCCUCCAUGCCCCUGCGAGUUCUCUGACCUACGGGUCCUCCGUCCUUCACAGCCCAGGCUGCCUGCACAUUCUGACGCUGGGCAGUGUCCCGGCCUCCUCCGCCCCUUCCUUGUGACCCCACCAGACCAAGACUCGGGGGACACUCCCUGUUGAGAGCCCUGAGUAUCUCGAGGCCUGGGGUCAGGUUUGGUUCCACACAAAGACCCCAAGCCUUUGGCUCUGUGCACACAUCCUCUGGUGGGCAGGGUCGCUCUCGAGGAAGCCGAGUCAGAGAACGGAGCCACCCCUGGAGUCCGAUGACACCACUCCGCCACCCCCUUGUGUGGCCCACGACCCACACCCACCCCAGCCCCGAGUUCGCCGGCUGCUCCCUGAGUGACAAGUCUCUGGAGGGACUCAGGGAGCGGAGACUUACUCUCCUGGAUGGGGCUGGGGUGGCUGCUGAGGGAGUAGCGAAGAGAUGUCACAUGUUUAGUGACGCGAUCCAGACACAGGUGGGGUUUUCUGGAGUGGCAGGUGUCAGUAUGAGUCCCCAUGUGGGAUGGCUUAAUACAGGGGCGUGUGUGUUUGGGAGCCCCCUCCCCCACGCUGCUCGCAAAGUCAAAAGCAGGAAGCCUGGGGGCCUCUCCAGGGGACUGGGGCAGGGAGCCUGAGUCUGCUGCUGAAUGGUGCAUCAGGGAGGGUGAGGGGGCGCGGCCAGCUCCAAAUAUCAGCCCCUGGAGACAUAACAUGGCCUCAGCGUUGAUCUCAGUAGAAGGGGACAACGGUGGCCACCUGGACAUCAGAUGGGGGCGCUCAUGUAUGAGACAGCAGCCAGCUGAAGAGCAGGGCUCUCCAGCCAGCAGAUAUCAACUGGCUGGCAGCCCCCGGUGACUGUGAGGCUUUGCCUCUCUUGCUCAAAGGCCAGCACAAAGUGAUGGAGGGUGAUGGAGGGUGAUGGAGAAGUGGAGGGCACCUUUCCCUCCCAGCCUCCCUUGGGUCAGUGUAUGGCAGAUGCUGCCUGGCUGUAGGAGUCACAGAGAGUGAGAUAUUUCUGGGCCUAAUGGUGACACCAGGGCCAGAGUGGGACCCUGAUGCUAGGAAUGAGGCCCCUGCAGCUGGGGUGUCCUGGGGGGCUGUUGAGGACCUCAGACUGGGAUGGCCAGGUGGCAGGCACAGCAGGAGCCAGCAGCACCCUGGGCUCGCCGUGUUGCCUGCCCCAGCCCAGCCCUAGGCUGACACACUGCUGGCCCUGCCCUGGGCGAGUGUUGGCUGUGCCGAGGGGAGGGAAGGAAGGGACAGUCAGCAGGGUCUCCUCCCUCCACUACACCAGACCUACAGGACUGCAUAAACAGUCCUGCAUGGUGGUCCUGCCCAUCGCCCUUCCCUAUGCUGAGCUCUCCAGAGUCUCACAGGAGCAGUGCUGGGUGUGGCCCCCCAGCGGAGGCAGAGCACCUGACAGUCCUGCCCAGGAGGAGGGAGAUGGCGGGCAGCCCAGAGAGGGUCCUCAGAAGAGGCCCUCACCCCCCAGACAUAGGAUGGUGAAAGAAACCAAUCUUGGGAAGGAGCCCCAGGCCCCCGCCCCCUCCCACAGUGUGCCCUGUCCUGUUUCUCCCCAAGCUGCAUGCCUUGGCAUGAGCAGGCCUCGCGGGGUCUGAUAUGAUGGGGCUGGAGACAGAGCUGGCAUUGGAGCUGCCUGGUCCUAACCCAAAGAGUAAGCCCCGUUUUCCCACCUCAGGGUUUCUGCCCCGCAGAUACACAGGAUGCAGGGUGAUCAGCCCCCGAGCCGUGCUGGCUCCCAGGCCCAUCACAGUGACUCUGGCUGCUCUUCACUGUUAGUGGCACUGGCAAAGAAGCCUGGGGUGUGAGUGUGAGGUCUCCGGGGAGGGUUUGGGAGUGCAGUUUGCGGCCGCUGCCAUCCUUCUUGCUGGCGUCCUCUGAGGCUCCCAUCACAGGGCAUGAGGGAACAGCCUUUUGAGGACCCCCAGCUCUCCGGCCAGUACUCAGAUGACCCAGCCUCACAUGUGGUUCGGGGUCUCUGGCUUGGGGGACACUUGGAAGCCAGCGCCGCUGGCUACUUCUCCUCCUCUGGACGGAGUGAGAUGCUCCCUACCUGGCAUCAGUUCAUGCAGAAAGCACCCUGUGAGUGCCAGUGCCAGUGAGGCAGUCCUUUUUCAUCAGAUGAUGGGUGUAUAAACAGGUCAGACUGAGCAGGUAGCUGGGAGGGUCCUGCAUUUUCCUCAGCUUUCUUCCGGGUGGCAUUUUAGAGCUUCUGAAUGUUCCUGGGGUCCCAGAGGUGGGGAAAGCUCUCGUGCUCAUAGUACAUCCCACCCUAAACCCCAUAACACAAAGAGAUGGGAUCAAUCCCAGCCAGAGUGAUCCCAAGUGCCCCCACAUCCCGGGAGUGAGUUCUGGCCCCAGUGCUGUGAGGGAUGCCUCGGGCCUCAGUUUAACCUUCAGUAGACCCUGGGCAGCUGUCAUUUUUCCCCAUUUCUAUCAAAGCUGAAGACAUGGCGGGCCCUGCCCUGCCUAGCACACUGUGCUCCUGUUGUGGGGCUGCUUAGUGCCUUGAAGGCCUGGCAGCCCACAGCCCAGGGCCUCUAAAAUUCCAGGGCCGUCCUGGUGCUGUCUGAGGGCAGAAAGGUCCAGUUUGCAUGUGUGCUGAAACUCCUAGCGCAAGUCCUGAAGUCUUUCAUGUGGAUUAGCUGGGGACCUCAGUUCCCUGCCCUCUCCCUUCCUAGAUUUACGAAAAUGCUCAACACCCAGGCUGGUCUGGGCUCCCCAGUGGCUGCCACAAUUUUAUGCAAGAGGGCAGAAGCGCGGGCACACACACACACACACACACCCACACACACACAGAGCCCCCUGACUGCUGAACGAGGAGGAUAGCUUCACCUAGAGAGACCACGCCUCCUUUCUGGGGGGCCCUCUGCUCCCUGGCCAGAUGUGCACCUGUUCCCUCUUUCCAGGGCCCUCUUCCUCCUGGGAUCUUUGAGCACAGAGCCCCCACCUCACCCAGCCUGGCUGUGCUCAUCCUCCUUUCCCUCAGUACAGCUUUCUGUGGGUAGAGACGAGGUGGGCCUUCAGGAAGGUGAGGGGAGAGCAUCCUUCACCUGGGGCCCUCUGGGGGCUGCCACAGUCUUCUCUCCUGAGACCUCAUUCUGCGCCCAGACCCACUCCUUGCCGCAGCGGUGGAAGAAGGGGAGAAGGUGGUGGUACCUGUGGGAACCCGUGGCUGGCCCUUUUCAGGAGUUAAAUCUCAUGCCACCAUACAUGGCCCCAUUUUAAAAGACAACUGUGAAAACAAGACAACAGGCUCCAAGUGUAUCUCCAGACCUACACGAUUGUGCGCUGCAGGGUGACCUGCAGUGGCUGAUGCUGUGCUGACUCUGUGGGUCUCUCCUGUCUGCCAAAUUGCUGUCCAUCUCCACUGUUCUCAGACAGUGUUCACCAUGGCUUCUCGUGCUCUUAGCUCACUUCAACCCAGUCCCACAGGGAGCUCCCAGUCCACCCCAGCGGUAGUUCCAGGCCAUUCCAAAGACCGGAGCUUUUCUUAAAGGAAAACAACCAAUGCUGGAGACCUAAGGAAGUUUGCAGAAUUGCUCUGGCCCAAACCUUGCCAUCUGGGGCCCAAGCCUGCUGCAGCAUAGCUUGCCCAGCAUCCUUGAACAUGGAUGAGUGGGCCAUGGCUCAGGAGUCCCCACUGCACCCCAAGGACCUGAGCAGGCUCCCUGUUUCUCUAGCCUCCUGCCAGCUUCAAACUCCUUCACUCAAGCAGCAUCACCAUACCUGUCAUGAGAAAUAAACCCAUGUACAUAUCUCCAUGUAUAUAUUUAUAUAUACACAUUCAUUCCCCUUAUAAAUACAUAAAGCAUGCACCUCUUUGACAUUCCAAGUUUGUGGGUUUUUUAUCCUCAGAAAUAUGGCUUUAGAAAUCUUUUCUUUCUUUCCCUCUUUUCUAUGUAAUAAACAUUCACAUGACCUUUC